GAGAGUGCGAUAUGUAGAAUCAGAGCAGAUCGUGUAAACAUGUUCAAGUUUUUGGUUUUCGCGUUCGCAAUCUCGGCAUGUCACGCCACCACCCAAAUCCUUCCGCGCCUUAAUGGAAGAAUCGUAGGCGGUGAAGAUGCCACCAUUCAGCAAUAUCCAUACCAGCUGUCUCUUCUGUUCAACGGUAAUCACAUCUGCGGAGCAUCAAUCAUUGAUGAGUAUUAUGCUGUGACUGCAGCUCACUGCACCAGCGGUUCAGAAGCAUCCUCUUUGAGCAUUCGCGCUGGUUCAGCUGCCCUCAACUCUGGUGGUACUGUGAUCAAUGUGAAGGCAAUCCAUCAAAAUCCUAAAUACAACGCGACGACCGUCGAUUAUGAUAUCUCUGUCUUGGAGCUUGCCAAACCCUUAUCUUUUGGUUCUAAAAUCAAGAAGAUUGAUCUUCCCAAUCAAAAUGAAAAUGUUGCUAUUGGUAUUAAAGUAAACUGCACCGGUUGGGGAGCCACCACUGAAGGUGGUUAUCUUUCUACUAAACUUCAGGUGGUCACUGUUAACACCAUUGGUCAAAGGGAAUGCCGUGAUGCUUAUGGAUCUAGUGCAAUCACUGAUCGCAUGGUAUGUGCUGGAGUAGGAGGUAAAAAGGAUGCUUGUCAGGGCGAUUCUGGUGGUCCAUUGGUUUCGUUGGAUAAGAAAUUAAUCGGAAUUGUUUCGUGGGGUUACGGAUGCGCAAGGCCAUCUCAUCCAGGUGUCUACUCUCGUGUCUCUGCUUUGCGUGAUUACAUCACCGAAACCACUGGUAUCUAAAUAAAUAAAUUGAAAUUAUACUUCAAAAA